CGCUGUGGCGCCGGGGCAGAGCCCCUCGCCCGCGUUCGCUCUGCCCGCGCGGUAGCGAGCGCGCAUGCGCAGAGCCCUCUUUCCCGCUCGCCGCGCCCCCGCCCCUCUCCGUCUUCUCUACCCUGGGAGCAGCUAUCCUGCCUUGGCCCCUCGCCCCCGAAAAUGUAUGCCUGCUCCAAGUUCGUCUCUGCCCGCUCCUUGAUCAGGAACACCUCUCAGCUGCUCAGUCGCCCUCUCUCCGCAGUGCAGUUGAAGCGACCACAGAUGCCAACAGAUGAGGGCAGCAGCAGCUUGGCAGUGCAGCAGCCUCUGACCUCACUCAUCUCUAGCCGCAGCUUCCACACCAGUACCGUUUCAAGGGACAUCGACACGGCCGCCAAGUUCAUUGGGGCCGGGGCUGCUACAGUUGGGGUGGCUGGCUCUGGGGCUGGGAUUGGGACUGUUUUUGGGAGCCUCAUCAUUGGCUAUGCCAGGAACCCUUCCUUGAAACAACAGCUCUUCUCCUACGCGAUUCUGGGCUUUGCCCUCUCAGAGGCCAUGGGGCUCUUUUGCCUAAUGGUGGCCUUUCUCAUCCUCUUCGCCAUGUGAAGCAGCUGUUUCCACUUCUGCCUCCCACAGCUCUUUCGUGUCCCGUCUGCCCUGUGCGCUCCUUGUCCUGAGCCCGCCAGGAAGUCUUGGGGAAGUGCUUGGCUCGGGGUUUGACAGAGAAGACAAAUAAAUGCUGUAUUAAUAAGA